AUGGCCCUCACAAAUUGCUCUAUGUGCUAUUUGCCACUUCCUGAACACGAAGUUGUAUCUCAUGUAUCCCGCAACCACAAAUUUGAUCCAAAUUUUAUCGUUUAUUGCAAUCAACCGGGUUGUGGUGCCAGUUACAAGAUAUGGUCGUCGUUUCAAAAACAUGUUAAAAGAGAACAUCACAUGAAUUUCAAUAACAUCGAUGAUGAAGAUAUCGUAGAUGUUCCUGAACCUUACCAAGAUGAAGAUAUCGUAGAUAUUCCUGAAUCUUACCAAGAUGAAAAGAAUCGGCAAGAUUUACUUCGGUGGCAUGCCUCCAUGUUUAUAAUAAAUCUCAAAGAAUCCUGCAGUAUUCCUCAAACUACAGUAGAAAAGGUCAUUGACGGAGCACAACAGUUGAUCACAGAAUUUAUGAGCAUUAUAAAGGCAAUGAUUUUGAAUUCAGUUAAUGAGGAAACAAGAACUGUUUCCCGUGCUGAUAUAUUGCAAGUGUUUGCCAGCUGUGACGUGUUGGAUCUUUUUCAUGAAGUUAGCAGUUCUGCAAGGAUAAAAUCAUUUCUUGAUAAAUGUGGUAUGGUGAGACCCGAGAAACAAGAAAUUUGGCCAUCAAGAGUUUGGACCAAGGAAGCUAAGUUUGUAACCCGCAAGGAUUAUGCAUAUGUGGUUCCUUUUUUGAGAAAUUUAAAAUUUUAUUUACAUAAUGAUGAUGUUCUCUCAUGUGUGGAUAACCCAAAGCCUUAUGAUGGCACCAUAAGAACUAUAUUGGAUGGUUCCUACUACCGCUCCCAUAAAAUAUUCAAGCGUGACAAAAAGGCACUUUCUAUUAUUGUAUAUUAUGACGAUGUGGAGUUUGCCAAUCCACUGGGUGCCAAGACCAGAAAACUGUCAAUAUUUUAUUGGACACUAGGGAAUGUUUACCCAGAGUUAAGAUCAUCCCUCAGAUCAAUAAAUCUUCUCGCAAUCACCUCACAUGCAAAUGUGAAAAAGCAUGGUGCAGAGAAAGUGGUGAGUGACUUCUUAAACGAUUUAGCACUGCUUGGAAAUGAGGACGGUAUCUCAUUGAAAAUAAAAGAUGUACAGAGGAAAUUUACAGGCUUCCUUAAUUUUGUUGCUGGAGAUACUCCUGCAUAUCUCGGUGGAUUUAAGGAAGGAGUUGCUAAUGCGCAUAGACCAUGUCGCACUUGUUUUGCAGAUAAACAAAGUAUUCAGGAAAGAUUUUCUGAGGAACUUUUUGUCAUAAGAAAUAUGGAAACUCAUACUCAACACUGUGAGGAUGUGUAUUCUCCUGGGUUAAAUAAACAAGCCAGAGGGUUUUGGUCUACAUUUUACGGGGUUAACUUCAAAAGUGCACUAAUGAAUGUUGACAAUAUUAAUGUCACUAAAAUCUUCCCCCACGAUUUUAGGCAUAUAAUGUUUGAAGGCGGAACUCUGGCAGUGGAAAUUAAGAAUUUUCUCAUAUACUGUAUUGUAGAAAAUAAGAGAUUUACCCUCCAAGAUUUGAAUGCCAUUAUUGCCAAUUUCGCCUUUGAUCAUCUUGUUCAAGACAAACCUUCACCAAUUGAACCAUAG